ACAUUUUCUAAUAUUUUAAAGUCUAUAUUUAGUUAAAACCAUAUAUGUUAACACAUAAAAAAUACAACACAUAUGUUUUUUGAGGAUGACUAAGUAUUGUCAUCUAGCUGCUGGAGUUACAUAGUAUAUACAAGAUGGUUGAAAAAACACCUUUUCAGCCAGUUGAAGAUUGGUUACGCAGUCUUGGUUUAUUGCAUUAUGCUCAAAGUUUUUAUGACAAUGGGUAUGAAGAUAUUGAUACUUGUAAGUUAAUUAAAAAUGCAGACUUAGAUGUAAUAAACGUUAAGAGUGAAAGAGAUCGCAAUGAUAUUUUAUCAGCAGUUGCAAAGAUGAACCAAAACUUAUACUUUGAGCUUGAGCAAAAUCCUACUGAAAUAGAAAGAGUUAAAUUAGAAAAAGUUCUUCUUAAAUCAAAACUUAAGGAAUGUUUAAUAUUGCACAACAUUCAAUUGAUUGAACCACCAUACUUUAACCCGGAUGGAACUUUAGGGGAUUUAUAUACUUUGGCUAUUAGAUUGGCUGAUGAAUUAGAAACUUAUUUUGAAGAUGUUUUAGAGGCAUUGGAAGUAUUAAGAAAGCGUCAACUACCUGUUCAAUCUUACAAUCAAAUAAAUGAAAUUCCAGACACUGUUGUUCAAAAAGAUGCUUUAUCUGUUCAUGAUCCCGCAGAAUAUCUUGAUGUUGAAACGCAUAAAAAAAAUCGUACUUUAAGUGCCUCCAAGUAUGAUCCUAGAAUUACAAAAAGCACAACAGACUUAAAUUUUGAGAACCACCAAAAUGCUGCAAGCAAGUUAAAAGGAAAAUCCCAAAAGCAACGAUCUUUUAUAAAUAUAUUCAAAAGACACAAAGAUGAAAUUAAUAAAAAAAAUGAACAAAGAAAAUCGACAUUUGAAUUUAAUGCGACAGAUAUAACACUCUCUCAAAAUGAAAUAAAAAAUUUGUUUGAAAAAGUAAAAACAAAACAAAUUACUCAAGAAGAUGCUUUAGAAACAGUACAAAAGCGUGGUUUAUCAAAGUCUUUAUCAGGAGAGGGAACUGAACAUAAUAUACUUAUAGAUUCUAGCCCUCCAUCUGAAACAGGGUCAUUGAACAAAAUUAAAAAAGGGAAAAUGUCAAAGUCAAUGAUUAAAAAGCCAUCUUCUCUGUUCUACACUGGUGAGGAAGUAUUUGUGUAUGACACGGCUGCAAAUAAUGAAUUACUGGUUGUAAAGUUGCAAGAUAGACGAGCUAGCAUUGCAGGAGACAUGGUUUGUUCUGCAAAAAAUAGUCCUGACCUCUCUAGACAUGGUUUAUUUAAAAUAAUUAGGAGUUCUAUUCGAAAGAAAAGCAAAUCUAGUGAUGGGAGUUCAUUUGAUAAAGAUGAACAAUUGUCACCCAGUGAAGAAACUGACUUAAUGUCUAACAACUUUAUAAAUAAAGAAGACAUUGGUCAGCCACAGUAUGUUGAUUUACAAACUGUUAAGUCAAUAGUUGAACUAGAAAAAAAAGAGUCUCGCUCAGUUCCUCCUCCUCCUCCUCCAAGAUUAGAUCUCAAGUUAAACCAAGUUAAAGACAGAUCUGAAAGUAACAUAAGUAACAAAUCUUGCCCCGCUGAUCUUUUUUCUGAAAAUACUGAUGACAAUAUUAAAAAUGAAAAAGUUAAUGCGUCAACUUUUAAAGAAAGCCAUUCUUCAUUAAAAAUAAAAUCUUUUACAAAAUACCAAGAUGAUAUAUCCAAACAAAAACUUAUAGAAAACAAGGAAAACCUUGUUUUAACAAGUAAAGAUGAAAAUCAUAGUCUAAAAAGUAAAGCAGGAGACUUAUGUUUGAAAAACCUUGACAAUUCACCUUUAAAUACUGUAAAGCCAUCUGUUGCUCCUCGACGACCCGAGCGAAGAAUUCCGUCAUCUGAAUCUGUUCCAGUUGCGCCUCCCAGGCGUCAGAAGGUUGUAAAUAUAACUUCUCCGAUUAGCGAAGAAAAGAAUUUUGAUGAUAUUGGCAAAGAAAUGAGUAGACUGAUAGAAGACUUAAAUGAUGACUUGACGUAUCUUGAUAACGGCAGCACUUCAAUGAAAUCCGGCAGCAAUUCAAAUAACAGCGCUAGUAGCAAUAGUCCAGAUAGUAGAACACCUGUUACUGAUAGCCGUGAUUGUAGAAUCAAUAGUAGCACUAACCUUAAUAAUGUAACGUUCUAUUCUAAUAAUCGAAAUUUAAAUAAUUUUAAAGUAACAAAUGAAGAGGAGGAAAUAAAACCUCCCCAAAAACCAAGUGUUCUUCCUAAACGGUUUACAUCUAGUAUACAAAACAAUGUUGUUACAUCUAGCAAUACUGAAUCUAAGGAACUUAUUAGAAAGUCUAAUUCACAAAGUUCGAUUGAAUCAUUAGCUAAUAGUUGUGGUUUAAAAACGCUUGAAUAUAAUAGUAAAAUAAAUGAAACUGCAGUGAAAAACACUGAAAAAAUAGUUGAACAAAAAAAAUUACGUACAUCGUUAAACCAGAUACUGGAAAAAAAGUUGCGGAAAGAAGAGAUAAAAUUGAACGAAUAUCCAUACACUGGUUCGGAUGGCUCUUGGAUUGUUCCGUUUGCAUUAAUAAAGCGAUAUUCCGAGGAGUUGCAACAUUCUGUUGAGGAUAUAGCGGUGCUGUUUGAUGCUAUACGAACAGAAAAAAGAACAUCGAAGAAAUUACCAGUGAUACCCUUAGAUAUUAAAAAUCUUCGUAACGACGCUAAUAUUUCCAAAAAAAUGUCACUUCAAGAAUGGCUUGUUCAUAUCGGUCUUCCGAUGUUUACUAGCGAUCUUGCAGAUGCUGGAAUAGAAAGUAUUUCUGAGGUUAGCGAAAUGUCUAUAGAGGAUUUGAAACAAGUGAGCGUUUGUGAUGAAAAACAUAUGCUUCUUUUAAUAAAGGAAGCUAAAAAUUUCUAAAUUUUUUUUUUUUCUAAUAGAGUAGUAAAUUAUUUUUAAUUUUUUGUUUUGUACUUUUUAACUUUUUUUAUUGCAUGUGAUGUGUGUAAUGUAACUACAUGACGUUUGUAUGUUUCUGUAUGACGUAUUUGACUAUAUUCAGAUAUUUGCAUCUACUGUGAUUUUUCACUAAAAUAAGUUGAUGAAGUUAAAAUAAUUGGUCAAUUUUUUUCUUUUGUGCAAUUUUUAUUAGAAAGCGAUAACCUGUUUUAUUUAGCGAAAUUCGACGACGCUUUUUUGUAUUAUAUCGAGAAAUUUU